AUGGCUGAAAGUGGAGAUACAGAAAUGAAGGAACCUGAUCCACAACAAAAUGGAUCAACAGAAAAUGGAACAACAGAAUCAACAAACAAUGACGACAGAAAAUUAUUUGUUGGACGUUUGAGCUGGGAAACAACGGAUAAGGAACUACGAGAACAUUUCAGUCAAUUUGGUGAAAUCGAAAGCGUGAGCGUCAAAACGGAUCCCGCGUCGGGACGAUCCCGUGGAUUUGCAUUCAUAGUUUUCAAAGACGUGGAAUCAAUAGAAAAAGUCAUGGCGGCCGGCGACCACAUAAUUAAUUGUAAAAAAAUUGAUCCGAAAAAAGCCAAAGCGAGGCAUGGUAAAAUAUUUGUUGGAGGUCUAGACGUUGAAACCUCGGAAGAAGACAUAAGGAAUUUUUUCGGACAAUUUGGAACGAUCCUCGAAGUUGAACUUCCUUUCGACAAGCAGAAGAAUCAACAGAAAAAUUUUUGUUUUAUCACGUUUGAAUCGGAGCAAGUGACAAACGAUUUGUUGAAACAACCGAAACAAACGAUUAACGGAAAAGAAGUCGAUGUGAAAAAAGCAAAUCCAAAAGCUGGUGAAGGUCGAGGAGGGCCCGGCGGUAGAGGAGGCAGAGGGCGAGGCGGAGGUCCCGGAAGGAGAGGACAAGGUGGUUGGAAUAAUCAAGGAGGAUACGCCGGAAAUUACGGGGGAGGAUACGGGGGUGGCUACGGCUACGAUGGAUACUACAACGGAGGAGGUUACGGUGGUGGCUACGGAGGAUACGAUUACUCCGGUUACGGUCAAGGUUAUAAUCAAGGUUAUGGCGGAGGUGGCGGCGGCGGCGGCGGUGGAUACGGCGGAGGCGGUGGUGGAGGAGGUAGAAAUCAACGACCUGCGCCUUAUUAA